ACCACAGCUUGGAAGCAGCCACCUCGCUUGUGAGGAGAGCCCUGGGAGGUUGCCUCUCAUCUGCCAGCUCUUGUUCUGUUGGCCCCAACAUACACACAGAGACCAUGGGGACCCUCGAGGGACACUUGCUGCCGGGGAUAUGCCUCCUCAUCUUUUCUCUCCACUACUCAGUGAUGGUGUCCUUGGCCCUGCUACGGGGACAGAGGUUUCUCAAACCCCCUCUGACCCCAAAGGAGAAGCGAGGACACAGGUGGUGGCAGCUGGUACCUGUGGAAGGGAUGAUGAAGGUGGCCAUCUCCCUGACUGGCAUCAUAACCGAGUUCUUCUUCCCCCCAGGAGUAAACCGGAUGAUGAUGGUAGACUGGGAGGACCCUCGGCGGCCAUUUGUGUUCUAUGACAACUGGUAUCACGUCACCAUGUAUGGGUUUUUCACGCUCAGUGGCGUUGUGGACAUCGUGAGCCGGGCGUGUCAGGCGCAGCAGAACGUGAAGCUGGAGCGAGCGGCUGAGGCCCUGGCCUUCUGUGUGCUGGUCCUGCUGAUGGCAUGUCACCUGGAGAACAAGGGCACCCUGGAGGUCCGCACGCACCUGCUGUUCGUGGCGCCCACCUUCCUGGUUACCCUGGUGCUCACCAUGGAAGUCUGGGUCCCUGACCAACCCACGCUCUGGGUGCUGAAGACCUGGAUGGGGCUGGUGCUCAGCACAUGGAUGCUGCAGCUGUGUGUGCUGAUGUACGUUCCUCCCUCCGGGCAGCCCUGGAGGGCAGAAAACCCUGGCGACCUCGCCUUCCUCCUCAUCUUCUUCUGCUGGCACCUGGGCUUCGGGGCUAUCGUGCUGGCCGCUGUCUAUGGCCUCUGCAGCCUCUGGCACCAUCGCAUCUCCUCUUGGAGGGAAGUCCCACGUGCCAAGUACCAGCUGUGUCCCAGAAGCUACAGCAGCGAAGAGCUGGAGAAGCUCGGGACAGAGGCCAUGCUGCAGGAUGGGGGCAUCUAGGUACAGAAUCUUUGUGCUAUGCCUUUCGUCACGAGAGUUUUGAGGGUACCCACUGUGCGCAGAGCACAGAAAUGUGCUGGGAUCUACAAGGUGGCUUUCUGUCACAGGAGCCACCUUCCUUGUUCCUAAAUAAACCUUUCAGUUCCUGGGAUUA